UUUCCACAUAACGAGCAUUCGGGUUCUUAAGCUGACAUCUGCUGUCCUUAACUGUGUAUUUUAACUUAUGUUUUGAAUGUUCGUUUGCUAUGAUGUGUAUGCUAUAAUAUUAUCACAUUUCAAAAAUGGAAUCAACUUUAUGUAUAUAAGAUAUAAUUGAUAUAUUACUCUAUCAGAAACAAUGGUGAAAUUGUAUCACUUAGCUGUGCUAUAUAAGCACCCAUCAAAAUCUAUUUGUUUGUGUUCAGCCAGUGACUUGACAGCAUUUGGCUUUUUUCAGAGAAAUAGUGUUCAAGAAUUUAUGAACUUUUCAAGUCAAAUACUUGUUGAGCGCUGUCAACCUGCAACAAGAACAUCAGUUAAAGAGCAAGCAUAUAUGUGUCAUGUUUAUGUACGAGCUGAUAGACUGUCUGCUGCUUUAAUAUCCGAUCACGAGUAUCCACACCGAGUAGCUCAUACUCUGCUUAACAAAGUACUGGAAGAAUUUUCAAAUAAGUUUGCCCCAUCUGCUUGGACUGGUGAUCCUAAUUCAAUUGCUUUUCCGACAUUGGAAAAAUAUUUACUUGAUUAUCAGGAUCCAAGACAAGCUGAUAGCCUCACAAAAAUUCAGGAUGAGCUUGAUGAAACGAAAAUAAUUUUGCACAAUACUCUACAAGCUGUGCUGGAGAGAGGUGAAAAACUAGAUGAUCUUGUAGUCAAAUCUGAGCAGCUUAGUAUGCAAUCAAAGACAUUUUAUAAAACUGCAAGGAAAACAAAUUCAUGCUGUGUCAUUCUCUAAGAGUUCUUUUUGUGAUUGUUGCUGUAAUUAAAAGAAGUUUAUUGGAAGAAUACAAUAAUACUCA